AUAAGAGAAGAUGCACCACUUAGAGCCCACGUUCCCACUCUUAAUCACCCAAAAUUAUAACAAAGACGUGCUCUCACAUCUCAUCUCACUUCCUCACCAGCUCACUUCACUCAAUCCCUCUUUAUUUUUUCCUUUCCUUUUAAUUUCUUAUACAACAAUCUCUCUCAAUCCUCAAGUAAAACAGAGGUGACCAUAUGGCUCUCGACACUCUCCAUUCUCCAACCUCCACCACCGCUCCUCCUCCUUUCUUAACCGAGCCCGCGGAGAAUCUUGAGUCAUGGACCAAAAGAAAACGCACGAAACGACACCGGAUUGUAGAUCAGUCACACCCUCCAUCCGAAGAAGAGUAUCUCGCUCUCUGCCUCCUCAUGCUUGCUCGUGGCUCCUCCUCGGAUGAUGAUCAUCACUCUCCUCCUCCACCGUCUGAUCAUCACCACCGGGACUACAAGUGCUCCGUCUGUGGUAAAUCUUUCCCGUCUUACCAAGCGUUAGGUGGACACAAAACCAGUCACCGUAAACCGGUUAGUAAUAAUAACGAAGACACUAAUAACAGUGGUAACGGUAACGUUACUAAUAACGGGAAAAUUAGUAACUGUUUAAUGGGUCAAAGUGGGAAGACUCAUAAGUGUUCUAUCUGUUUUAAGUCGUUUCCAUCUGGUCAAGCGUUGGGCGGUCACAAACGGUGUCAUUACGACGGUGGUAACGGCAACGGUAGUAACAAUCACGGUUUUGACCUGAAUUUACCGGCUGAUCACGAUGAAACACCUGUAAGAAGUCAACUCUCCGGCGAAGAAUCAAAUUCGGUUGCGUGAUUAUUAUUAUUUUUUACCGAUCAGCUAGCUAGUGAUGAAUCAUUAGCUCAGAUGCUGAUGAGAGUCUGUAAUGAAAAUGAUUGGAGUGGACUUUGGAUUAUUUUUAAUUUCUUUUUACGUAUAGGAAAAGAGAAAAGAAAAUCUUCAUGUAGUUAUGCGUUUUUGGGUUUUGUUUAUAUAAAGUAAAUAAAGAGGUAUACUAUUUGGAUUUGUAUUUUGUUUUAAUAAGAGAAACUAGAUUAAUAAAACUUCUAU